GCUCAUGCCUGAAAUGAAGAGAAAGCACAUUAUAGCUUAUUUCCUCGUUGCACUAUUCAUAGCUUCUCGAUGUCAUUGCUAUCUUGCAACAAUGGUUCAACAUGCAGAUUCAGUUGAUUCCAAGCUCGGAAACGCACAAUUGGGGAAAAGCUUCCCAACAAAAUAUGUGUUUUCCAGGAAAGCUGGAACACAUGUCAAGGAACUAAUUCAUAAGGCCCCAUCAGGACCCAAUCCCAUUGGAAACCGGCACCCGCCAUCUAUCCAUGUCUGAAAAUGGAGACAGGAGGCUCUUGUCAUGAUCUUUUGAGUAGAACAGAAGUUUUAUUUGAUAUCUGUGCAAUCCUGUCAGGAGAAUUUUACAUGCAUUCCAGAAUUUGUUCAUUCCACUAUUUCUGUUUCAUUUCCAAGAAUAAGAAGGCCAUUUCAUCCA